CCCUCUUGGGAAGGAAGUAGUCAUCAGGGCCGCGCCGGGGUGUUGAUGAGCCUGCAGAAGGCUUUGCGCAUGCGCAGUGGCCGCGGGAAGCGACGCGCCUUCAUUUUACCAGGCCCGGGCCGGAAUUGGGAGCAGUGGGUUGCUGACAACCCAGAGCCACUGCCGCCAUGUCGCGUUUCUUUACCACUGGCUCGGACAGUGAGUCGGAGUCGUCACUUUCUGGGGACGAGCUUGUAGCGAAGCCUGUUGGGGGCAAUUUUGGAAAACAGCCUCUGCUGUUGAGUGAAGAUGAGGAAGAUACAAAGAGGAUUGUGCGCAGCGCAAAGGACAAGAGGUUUGAGGAGCUUACAAACUUGAUCAAAACAAUACGGAAUGCCAUGAAGAUCCGGGAUGUCACCAAAUGCCUAGAGGAGUUUGAGCUGCUGGGCAAGGCCUAUGGCAAGGCCAAGAGCAUUGUUGACAAGGAGGGCGUUCCCCGCUUCUACAUCCGCAUCCUCGCAGACCUUGAGGACUACCUCAAUGAGCUCUGGGAGGACAAGGAAGGCAAGAAGAAGAUGAACAAGAACAACGCCAAAGCCCUAAGCACCCUCCGCCAGAAGAUCCGGAAGUACAACCGAGAUUAUGAGGCCCAGAUCAUGAGCUACCGCCAGAACCCCGAACAGUCAGCUGAUGAAGAUGAGGACAAGAAAAGUGACGAUUCAGAGGGCUCCUCCUCUUCUGGUGAGGAUGACGAUGAGGGAAUGAGCGCCGCGGCUUUCCUGAAAAAGAAAGAGGGGGCAGCUGAGGGACGGGGCAAGUUUCUCAAAAAGAUGGAGGAUGAAGAUGAAGAGGAGGAGGACUCUGAUGAUGAUGAAGACUGGGGCUCGUCAGAUUCAGAAUCUGACUCCGAGUCAGAUGAAGAUGAGGGCAAAUACACCUCCUUGGCCUCCAAGUUCCUUAAGAAAACUGGCACUGAGGAGGACAAAAGAGUUUUGGAGAAGAAGCGGGAAGAGAAGGCAAAGAAAAAGCAGGACCGCAAAUCCAAGAAAUAUGAAGAUGAUGAAGAUGACAAUGAGGGUGGCGAGUGGGAGAAGGUUAAAGGAGGUGUCCCUCUGGUCAAGGAGAAGCCAAAGAUGUUUGCCAAGGGUACAGAGAUAAACCACACUGUAGUCGUGAAGAAACUCAAUGAGAUCCUCCAGGCCCGUGGAAAGAAAGGCACGGAUCGAGCGGCUCAGAUUGACCUUCUGCAGCUUUUGGUUGGAAUUGCGGCAGAGAACAACCUGGGGAUUGCCAUCGAUGUCAAAAUCAAGUUCAACAUUGUUGCUUCUUUGUAUGACUACAACCCUAACUUGGCUACUUACAUGAAGCCAGAGAUGUGGCAGAAAUGCCUGGGCUCCAUUGAAGAGCUCCUGGACAUCCUCUUUGCCAACCCCAACAUCUUCAUUGGCGAGAACAUCGCAGAGGACUCUGAGAACCUGGCCAACAGCGAGCAGCCCUACCGUGUUCGUGGCUGCAUUCUGACUCUGGUGGAGCGCAUGGAUGAAGAGUUCACAAAGAUCAUGCAGAACACAGAUCCCCAUUCCCAGGAGUACGUGGACCACCUGAAGGACGAGGGCCGAGUCUGCAAGAUCAUCGACCGGGUGCAGAACUACCUGCAGGACAAGGGAACCACGGAGGAGGUGUGCCGCAUCUACCUGCGCUGCAUCCUCCACACCUACUACAAGUUUGACUACAAGGCUCACCAGCGGCAACAGGGCCCGGCAGGAGACAGCAAGUCGGAACAAGACCAGGCCGAGAACGAAGCAGAGGACUCGGCGGUGCAGAUGGAGCGCCUCUGCAAGUUCAUCUACGCCAAGGACAGGACAGACCGGAUCCGAACCUGCGCCAUCCUCUGCCACAUUUACCACCACGCCCUGCACGACCGCUGGUACCAGGCCCGCGACCUGAUGCUCAUGAGUCACCUGCAGGACAACAUUCAGCAUGCAGACCCCCCUGUGCAGAUUCUGUAUAACCGGACAAUGGUGCAGCUGGGGAUCUGUGCCUUCCGCCAGGGCAUGAUCAAGGAUGCCCACAACGCCCUGCUGGACAUCCAGUCGAGCGGGCGGGCCAAGGAGCUGCUGGGGCAGGGCCUGCUGAUGCGCAGCAUGCAGGAGCGCAACCAGGAACAGGAGAAGAUUGAGAAGCGCCGCCAGGUCCCCUUCCACAUGCACAUCAACCUGGAGCUGCUGGAGUGCGUCUACCUGGUCUCGGCCAUGCUGCUGGAGAUCCCCUACAUGGCCGCGCAUGAGUUUGACGCCCGCCGGCGCAUGAUCAGCAAGCAGUUCCACCACCAGCUCCGGGUGGGCGAGCGCCAGCCCCUUCUUGGCCCCCCAGAAUCAAUGAGGGAGCAUGUGGUGGCAGCAUCCAAGGCUAUGAAGAUGGGCGACUGGAAGACGUGUCACCGUUUCAUCGUCAAUGAGAAAAUGAACGGGAAGGUCUGGGACCUGUUCCCCGAGGCUGACAAAGUGCGAGGCAUGCUUGUCCGGAAGAUCCAAGAGGAGUCUCUCCGAACCUACCUCUUCACUUACAGCAGCGUCUAUGACUCCAUCAGCAUGGAGAUCCUGUCUGAUAUGUUUGAGCUGGACCUACCCACAGUGCACAGUAUCAUUAGCAAGAUGAUCAUCAAUGAAGAGCUGAUGGCCUCUUUAGACCAGCCGACCCAGACAGUUGUGAUGCACCGGACGGAGCCCACGUCCCAACAGAACCUGGCGCUCCAGCUGGCUGAGAAGCUGGGCAGCCUCGUGGAGAACAACGAGAGGGUCUUUGACCAGAAGCAAGGCACCUAUGGGGGCUACUUCCGGGACCAGAAGGAUGGCUACCGCAAGAACGAAGGAGGCUACAUGCGGCGUGGAGGGUAUCGGCAGCAGGAGCGACAAAGCAACUAUUGAUUCUCUAAACCUUCACAGUAGAGUUUCCUGGUGCAGGGAAGAUCUUAUUCCAGUUCCCAUUAUUCAAAUACUUAAUAAAGAGUUUGUUUGGAGCGUGA